AUGCAGAUAAAAGUUAAGACGAUAGCUGGAAGAGAUUUGGAGCUUAAUGUCGACCCUGAAGAAACCGUCCUAGACCUGAAGCUGAAGAUAGAAAGCAUUGAGCUGAUACCAGCAGAACAGCAAAGACUUGUAAGCAAUGGAAGAAUACUGAUGAAAGAAAAAGACACGCUUUCUAGCCUAAACAUAGUUUCUGGAAAUGUUGUCCACAUGGUGUUAGCCCUGAGGGGGGGAUAG